GCGCGUGGGCGGCGGGAGAAGGAGAAGUGGAAGUGUCCGGCCAGCGGCGGCAGGGCCCGUCCCAGCGGCGGGCCAGGUAAUCUCCUCCCGCCGCGGCGGGCGUGUGCGCCUCACGGGUGGGCUGGGGCCGCUGGAGCCGCCGCCGGGUGAGGCGGGGCCUGAAGCCACAAUGGAGAGUACAGUAUCGGUCACUUUCCUUGUAUCAUUUUCCAUACUACUGUGUGAAAGUUACCAUCAUGGAGUGGAGACAGCUACUGUUGCACAUACGUUAGAGAGAACUUUUCCAAAAAAGGCAGCUGGCAUUAAUACUGACUUGGCAGGAUUAAUACAGAAGUUACACCUUCAAGAACUUUUUCAUCGUUAUGGAGAAAAUAACUCUCUGUCGAUGGAAGGAUUUAGAAAACUGCUCCAGAACAUAGGUAUAGAUAAAAUGAAACGGAUUAAAAUAGACCAUGAUCAUGACCAUGAUCAUCACCAUCAUAAUCACGUUUCGUUGAGUAAAAACUCUGAGAAGACUGUUUGUCCAAACCAUGAAUCUGACGCUAACAAAGACCACAGGAACAGUCACUCAAAGGAACCUCAUAAAGUAGAAAACAUAGAACGUCAGCAGAACUUUGUACGCAGCAAGAACGCUGUUAAUGAAAUAACGACAUCUAUCAUCACCGCCCCUGCAGGUGGCCGCUCUGAAUUACAGAAUACGCAACCUGGAGAAGUCAAGCCGGUUGGUCGUUUAGGUCUGACCAGCUCUAAUGCUGUUAAUGUCACAGGUGGCAGCAAUGCAAGCUGGCUUGCUAAUAGCAAAGCAAAUGAAUCUCAUACUUCUCCAAAGGAAUCAGAAAGAGGAAGUUACCUGUAUUCUAAACUGAAACACCAAAAUACCCAAGAGUGCUCCAGUGCGUCAAAACUGAUGCAGUCGCAUGGGAUAAGCACUCAGGUAUUGUUGACUGCUACAGAAUUUAGUUACCUCUGUCCAGCUCUUAUUAAUCAGAUCGAUGGCAAAUACUGCAUAGUCCAUGCAACUAGUGAAAAAGCUGAAACUCCUCCAAAAGGUUACUCUCUGCAAAUAGCUUGGAUUGGUGGCUUUAUAUCCAUCUCCGUCAUUAGUUUUCUUUCCUUAUUGGGUGUUAUAUUGGUACCGCUGAUGAAUCGCGUAUUUUUCAAAUUUCUUCUAAGUUUCCUUGUGGCAUUGGCUGUGGGGACUUUGAGUGGAGAUGCUUUCUUACAUCUCCUUCCACAUUCUCAUGGAAACCACCACCAUCACCACGAAAAACCUCUGCUUGAACAAAACAAAGGCUCUAUGUACACACAUCUUGUUUUUCAAAGUACAGAGGAGAGUGCUUACCUCGAUUCUACAUGGAAGGGACUUACAGCACUUGGAGGCUUGUAUUUUAUGUUUCUAGUGGAGCAUUUGAUCACUUUAAUAAAGCAGUUUAAAGACAAGAAGAAAAAGAAAAAAAAUGAAGAUGAUGGAGAAAGUAAGAAGUUUUCAGCAAAUGAAGAAAAGUUAGACGCAGAUGAUCGUCCUGAGGGCUAUCUAGGGACAGACUCGCAAGAUCCAUCGCCCUUCAUUUCUCAGCAGCCAACUGUACAAGAAGAAGAAGAAGUGAUGAUAGCUCAUUCUCAUCAAGAAGAGGUCGACAAUGAAUAUGUAUCCAGGGGCUGUAGAAACAAAUGUCAUUCUCACUUACACGAUACUCUAGGGCAGACAGAUCAUCUUAGUCAUCAUCAUCAUGACUACCAUCAUAUUCUGCAUCACCACCAUCAUCAGAACCAUCAUCCCCACAGUCACAGUCAGCGCUACUCGCGUGAAGAACUGAAGGAUGCAGGGAUAGCAACUCUGGCAUGGAUGGUGAUUAUGGGAGAUGGACUGCACAAUUUUAGUGACGGCCUAGCAAUCGGAGCAGCCUUCACUGAAGGGUUAUCUAGUGGUUUAAGCACUUCCGUGGCUGUAUUUUGCCAUGAAUUACCUCAUGAGCUAGGAGAUUUCGCUGUACUUCUAAAAGCCGGUAUGACUGUCAAGCAAGCUGUGCUUUACAAUGCUCUGUCCGCUAUGCUGGCCUACCUUGGAAUGGCGACCGGGAUUCUUAUCGGUCAUUAUGCAGACAAUGUUUCCAUGUGGAUAUUUGCACUUACUGCUGGCUUGUUCAUGUACGUGGCGCUUGUGGAUAUGGUGCCUGAAAUGCUCCACAAUGAUGCCAGUGAUCAUGGAUGUAGCCGCUGGGGAUACUUCCUGUUACAGAACGCUGGGAUUCUGUUGGGUUUUGGGAUAAUGCUGCUUAUCUCCGUAUUUGAACAUAAGAUUGUAUUCAGCAUAAACCUGUAAUCCUGGUUGCCAGAAAGACAGCUUGGUGUUAAAUUAUAAGUGGUAGGUUUUUUCCUAUUCAAUUCCCUAGUGGAGAGGUACGUUUGAUAUAGACUAGAUAUUUUUAUUGGUGUGCUUUGUUGUGUCCCUCCAUCCCUUCUUCCCAGUAGAACUGGACACUGUAAGGUUUUUUUUGCAUUUAGGGUUUAGCAUUGCGUAUGGUACUGUGGAAAGUUGUACUUAGUUAAACAUGGUGAAAGUGCCAAAUCUAUUAAAGGAGUAUUGUCUGGGGGGUUGGGGGUUUUUUGUAGUAAAUUUAUGUACUGUAUGUAAUUAUAUGUAACUUUUUUUUACUUCAAUGGUUUUGUUGGUUUAAAGAAAUAAAACUACAGUGUUGGUUUUUUUUAUUUUAGCGCAAUUAAAAUCAGUGGAUACAGAGCACAGUGAGCGGUGUAAAACAAGAAAAAGACGUGUGAUGCGUAGCACAUGUUUAUAUUGGUAGGAACUACUCUUCUGCGUCCAUCUAGUUUACACAGAGUGGCAGAUGAGUCCACUCCAUCCUUUUUGCGAUGGUUCUUCUCUCAGUAGCUUGUGCUUUCUCUGUGUCUUAUUCCAGUUGGUUUCUACUUCAAACGAAUUCUUGUGAAAUUCUGUUUUAAGUGUUUGCACCAAAUGUUUUUACUUGUUUCACCCUUUCUGAUGUGAGUUGCUCUUCACCGAUUUCUCAAAAUCAGCAACAGAAGUACAGCUGUUAGAUUGUAAAAGCAUAGCUCGAGCUCUAAUAUACAUAAAUUCCAUCAAAAAGACUUUUAAAGUAGUCCUAUAUCCCACUUAUGCUGCCUGAAACGGCAAAGGUAUAUUAAAGUCUGUUUGGUAUCAAGGCAAGGCGUGUUACAGGCUGAGACAAACAGUCACUUGCUACAACAAUUUCCUUAAGUAAAGUGUUGAUUUAAUUUGGGAAAUGAGCUGAGUGGGAGAGCUGACUACUUCUAGUUCAGUCUGAUUUGCACACAAACCUGUGCUUGCAAAACAGUUGCACUCUUUGCAACAACGAAAGCUGAGAAAUCCGAAAUAGCAAAAUUUCUUUGACAGCAUUCAUAGGGAAGCAGCAUGUUAAGGCUAACUGUAAGUGUAUAUGUAAGUAUGUACUUCGAGCUUACAGUCUUAAUAAUUUAACCACUGUGAAAGUAACUGAAGGAAGGAGAAGGAUGAAAAAGACAAUGGCAAAAUAAAUAAAUUCUGCAUUUUCAGGAAUGGUGAACAUUAAACAACUUCUAUAUAAUGAGUAAGUAACAGAAUUAUGCUACCUUAACUACCUAGCUUUAAAAAAAAAUCCCAGAAAUAAACUAAUUAGAUAUUAUUUCUGAUUCAACUUUACCACUGCUUCAUGUCAGCAGCUGAAUAAAAAGCUUGAGCAAAGAGGGAGUGUUUCAUAAUACCAUGUCUGACAGGUUAAAACAGUCUGUCAGAAAGGCAAAACUACUGUAUCACCUCAGAAACAGAAGUUUGGAAUGAAUUGAGGUUUGUGGGUUUUGGGUUUUUUUUUACUAGUUAAAUGUAGAUGGCAGGAGUUUUUGCAGCUGCUGGAAUACUAGCUUUUCUUCCUCCUUCAGUCUUUCCUCAGGUUAACAAGAUUGAGCUUUGAUCUGCUUUCCACAGUGACGAAAUCCUGUUCCUUGCCUCCUCUGAAGUCCAGUAGAGAAAGGCGUAUGUCCUUCAGCUCUGCGAAUGCAUCCUGAGGGGAGCACAGAGCUGUGGUGGGGUCUUACCAGCUCCCCCAGAUCUGCAUGUGUAGGAACCUGUAUCUCUCUUCGCUUGGUGAGCAGUUGUUUGGAGAGAACGGCAGCAUUCUCUCUUGUGAGCACUCAUUUUCCUCUCCCUGAUUUACUUUCCAUCACUAGAAACUACUGCAGUGCUGGGAUUUCAUCUCUAACAAGAACACUGACAAAAUGUUGGUGGGUGCAUUCCUUCCCUUCAUCGAGCACUUUACACUUAGCGUUUCCUUUGUUAUAUGCUGUUGCAUUUUGAUGAAGCAUCUGGACUCUUGUUAGAAGCACGCCUCUGAACAAAGAGCAGAUGCAGUCUGCCAGAGGAGUUCUUCAGCUUGAGGUGCAGAAGAGUCACGCCACGGUACAACAGCCAUCUGCGGAAUUUUCAUACCAUCUCCUUGAUCAUCCAUCCUGUGCUUUUUUUUUUUUUUUUACUUUAUUACAGCAGUUGUAUUCCAGUGUUCCCAAACUUGAAUUUGUAGUAUCUGUGAGUAUGAUGAUUUUCAUAUAUAUCUACCCAUUGCUUCUAUGUCUCUGAAGAGGUGAUAACUUCUAUUUAUUUUUUUAAUUAUCUAAAUUCCUAUGACACUUCUGCCCUUACCUGUGUUGUGACUGUUUCCUGAUUCUUGUAGCUAAAACAUGGCUAACACCCAGCUGCUGAUCUUCUGGCAGGGGGGUUGGAACUAGAUGAUCUUUAAGGUCCCUUCCAACCCGAACCAUUCUGUGAUUCAUCUUUCCUUUGCUUGAAUACCAGAAUCUUUGACUCGUCGAAAGCUGUUCUGUUUCUGGUGUGUGCUUGUCACUGCUUUCUUUAGAAAAAUAGGAAGUUCAGCUCCACCCCAACACAAACACAUGCACUAAACCUGUCAAAACUGAAUUUUUCAUGCCUUGACAACUGCCUUUUCCUGUACUGACCUCCCAUCUUGGCUAUCCCAUCUCAUUCCAGAUCUCUCAAAAACGUGGCUGCUUUUCCUCUGGAGAUCUCUUCCUGAUGUUUCUCUGUUGCAGCUGAAUGUGUUGCCCUUUGGAGGGGUCUGACUUGCCCUGUCCUCUUUAAAUGAGUCUUGCCUUUGCUGGGCGUAACGAUGCUGGUCACCGCUGGAGCCCAUGUGCCUCAGUUCGUGCUCCUGAACUGCUCCUCAUGGCGAAGAUGAGUUCCUGGGCAAAAAAACGUCAGUAGGGCUUUACCCCCUCCUUCCCUCCAAACCUCUCAUCAUAGCUCUGUCCUGCUGAAAUCCAAUGUCUGAGAUGCGACCUCACUGAAUCCUAGUGGGUUUUGUAGGGCUUGGGCACUGUGUAUACCUGGGGGCUGGUAAACCACCAUAAAUUCCAUGGGCUUUAGCCUGUGGGUCUCUUCACCUUCUGUCCUGCACCCUCAGCCCUUCCACAAGUUGGGUGUGCUCCAUCUCUUUGGUCAUGGGGGAUUUUGGACUUGGAUGGGUCCCAGCUCACUUCAUUUUGAGUUUUUUACUAGUUUUUAAUAGCUGCUUGUUCAGCUGGGCUUUCCUUGUCCAGGUGGCAGGUGUGAAAUAGGCAGCAGGCGUGUUUGCCAAAGAGGUUUUUAAGAUAGAUGACUAAAUGAUGGAGAUAGGUCUACAAGUUUCAGUCAGUUCUUGGCUAGCUUUUGAUGUAAUCAACUGACAUUAAAAUAAUGUGCAUAUCAAAACAUGUUGCUAAUGUAACAACCUGAAAAAUAACUUGCCUUUAGAGCAUGUGGGCAGAAAUGGGUGGAUAAGGUAGACACAAGCGUAUCCCACCCAUUCACUGCUCUUUAAUCUUUGAUGGAGAGUUGUCUGUGAUGGACAGCUGCCCAAACUAGUAACUGAGAAAACCUGCUGUAGGUUUGUAGCAGCAAGAUGACAACGCCUUGGGUUUUUUUGUUCAGUUUGUUUUCUUAAUUUGUCAGCCUUAUAAAGUAGAAUCUGCAUCUGUUGUGAUGCGGAAUACUCCUGAUUUGGCAAACUGACGGGGCAGAGCCUCUGAGCAGCCCUUUCUUUUUACGUGUAUGUUUUUCUGCAGCCGUUUGUAAGAUGCCUGGCUAUUUCAGCUGAUAAAUGGAAGUGUGUCUGUUUCUUGUAUCCAUCUGUACCUUAAUUAAGGUACAGACCUUAAUUUUAUAUGCUGUUACAGCUGCCUUAUUUAAUGCCUGUGCUAGAUGCAGGUAAGCAGAGUAGGCAAACAAUGCUGGAAUCAAAGUUAUUUUCUUUGUAAGGUGUUCUUCUAAAGGUUCUGGCCUGAAUUUGUACGGAGAAGGUGGUGCGUGAAGUUGCUGUGUGCAGCAAGACUCAAAACAAAGGUGUGGAAGUUCUCGGGGGAGGGUUCAGGUGCCGGUACCGGGAGGGUUUCCCUGCCCCGUUGUGGCCAGGGCACCUCAGGGUGAUGCCCAAGCUCUUGUGGGGUCCCAGCUGAGUUACAUUUAUUUUAAAUACAGUCAAGGCUAAUGUGGAAUUUGCAGCAGCUCUCCUGCUGCCUGAACCGGAGACCGGCGUAAUUAAAAUUUCUGUGGAAAAAACGGGGUCAUUCUGUUUGCCACAAGCAAGAGACAAAAAGAUGUUUUAAUGUGUGUUGAAAAUACUGUUGUGGUCCAUGUAUGACCACUGUGGCUGUUACUGUAUGGCUGUGUGCUACAGAAAAUAAAC